AGGCAAACUGGAGCUACGCGAUGCGAGAAACACCACCGUGUCGGGAUUGGGGAAGAACAAGAGAAAUCUCAAACCAAGAGAUGGACUUUAUGACAACAGUUUUUUAAUUAAAAACAAGGCUUGAUUUAAAAAAUAUAUAUAUAUUUCUAACCAUAGGUGGUUCAUUAUUUAACAUUGAAUAUAACAGAAUCUGGAGCUUUGAGAAGUUGUUCUGUAUCCGGAUGGAUUGGUGGUGGACGGGGACAGUGUGCUAGUCUCUGUGGUUCUAGGUUCUAGGUUCCUCUGUAGCCGUUUGUGCCAGACAUUGACCGGGACAAGGAUUGAGGGCACAUGACUGUCUUGGAUGCAGUGAACAGACACAGAGGAUGAUUAAAUGGACUCUGGCUGGGGAUAGUUGAUGUUCUAUAUGCCGGGUCGUUUAUAAAGGAGGUGGAUCUUUGUUGGAUGGGUAACUCUCCCUGAUCAUCCCUCUUCCUGCCUUAUUCGAGUUGACCCCUGACCCCUUCCUACAGCCACCAUGACAUCGACCUCAUGGCCGCAGCUUCUGGCCUUCAAGCUGACCUCUCCACCCCGCGACCCUGGGAUUCCAGAGUGGAUCUUCAGCUGUGACGAGGAUCGAGAGCAUCGCUAUGAGAUCGUUCCCUCUGUGGUCUGCUCCAUGUGCUUCCUCUUCGGAUUAAUAUACUGCUUCUUUGGUUACCGUUGUUUCAAGGCGGUGAUGUUCCUAACAGGCUUGAUGUUUGGCUCCGUCAUCAUAUUUCUGCUGUGUUAUAAGGAGCGUGUCCUGGACACCCAGCUGAGCGUAGAGGCCUCGGUGGGCAUCGGCCUGGGCAUCGGUACCCUCUGUGGCCUGGUCACCAUGCUGGUGCGCUCCGUGGGACUCUUCAUGGUGGGGCUGUUGCUGGGAUUACUGCUGGGCAUCGCCUCACUUGUGGUGAUGGAGGAGUUCCACCACCCCCGGACGGUGUGGGUUCCCCUGGGGAUGUUGUUGGGGUCAGGCAUGCUGUUCGCCGUCCUGACCCUCCAAUGGCAGCGCUUCUUCACCACCCUCUCCACCGCUGUGUUUGGCUCGGCUGUCAUCACCGUCUCUGUGGACUACUUCCUCGAGCUGUUUGCUCUGGUCAGAUACAUGUCUGAGAGAAUCACGGUGGCUCCGCCCCGUCCUCUCUGCUGGUUCACCUGGGUCGUCAUGGGGGUGUGGCCUGUCCUGGCGUUGCUGGGGGUCCUCAUCCAAUGGAAGGUAACCGCCGAGGGAUUCUCACACACUGAGGUGGUUCUCAGUCGACAGCAGCGGAGGGUCCAGUUGAUUAGGAUCCACCAGAAGGAAGAGAUGAUGCAGAAAGAAGUGAGGAAGAAGAAGAAGAGACAGAAGCAAUACCACCACCCUCCUCCACUUACCACCACCACCAACAAACCCCUCCUCCCUGAGCCUAUCACCUACCACAGGAAACCAAACCACAGUCUACGCUUCGAUGGGGACGUGCCCUCUCCUAGUUACAUCGCUAGUAUCCGGGACAGACAGGUGGACAGACGGGGGUUCCCUCACCACGGCAGGCCCAUCGCCAGGCACCACAUAGCUGACCGAGACUACGACUGUGGAUCCAAAGUACCCCUGACCUCCCCCAAUGUACCGGCUGUACGGGUGUGACAAUGACAAUGCCCCAUAGUGUUCUGGAGUGGUGCUGUCUGUCCGUUCAUUGUCCAGAAAACGUCUUCAAUGUCUGGAUUGAACGUUAAUCUCUGGACCGAUUUUGGUUUCUGAGGUGCGUAUAGACGUCGAUACAGUCCCUUCCCUUUCUCUUUCAUUCCACCCUGAAGCAAUCAAUGUCCACAUUGAGAUUGACCUUUGAACCCUGGACUGAUUGAUUGAAAGGCUGUUGAUAUCUUCCAUUCCGUCCAUUAGUCUGUGGUUUUACUUGGACUGUGUGACCUAUAAACCCUGCUGUGGUUCUUACAUCAAGACAUCUAUUUAUGAAGUCUUACAAUUUCCCAGAAAAUGUACUGUAGGUCAAUACAAUACCCGCAAGUCAUUUUUUUUUUUGAAGUGUUACAAUUUCCCAGAAUACCUGCAAACUUCUUUGGGAGGUGGUUUAGUUUUUGGUAUAUAAAAAUAAAUUAAAAAAGACUGUAAAAUCACCAGGAAUUGAACAAAACAUUUGUUUAAUUUAUGAAAUCUGUUCAUAAGUAUUGCCAACAAAUAAAAAUAAAUAUGUGAUUCUGUCUCAAUGUAAUCAAGGUAUGAAAUUAUUGCUGAGGUGGCCUGCUGUGAUACUAUAUACAGUAUGUUAUUACAGCUGAGGUGGCCUGCCGUGAUACUAUAUACAGUAUGUUAUUACAGCUGAGGUGGCCUGCCGUGAUACUAUAUACAGUAUGUUAUUACAGCUGAGGUGGCCUGCUGUGAUACUAUAUACAGUAUGUUAUUACAGCUGAGGUGGCCUGCCGUGACACUAUAUACAGUAUGUUAUUACAGCUGAGGUGGCCUGCCGUGAUACUAUAUACAGUAUGUUAUUACAGCUGAGGUGGCCUGCUGUGAUACUAUAUACAGUAUGUUAUUACAGCUGAGGUGGCCUGCUGUGAUACUAUAUACAGUAUGUUAUUACAGCUGAGGUGGCCUGCUGUGAUACUAUAUACAGUAUGUUAUUACAGCUGAGGUGGCCUGCUGUGAUACUAUAUACAGUAUGUUAUUACAGCUGAGGUGGCCUGCUGUGAUACUAUAUACAGUAUGUUAUUACAGCUGAGGUGGCCUGCUGUGAUACUAUAUACAGUAUGUUAUUACAGCUGAGGUGGCCUGCCGUGAUACUAUAUACAGUAUGUUAUUACAGCUGAGGUGGCCUGCUGUGAUACUAUAUACAGUAUGUUAUUACAGCUGAGGUGGCCUGCCGUGAUACUAUAUACAGUAUGUUAUUACAGCUGAGGUGGCCUGCUGUGAUACUAUAUACAGUAUGUUAUUACAGCUGAGGUGGCCUGCCGUGAUACUAUAUACAGUAUGUUAUUACAGCUGAGGUGGCCUGCCGUGAUACUAUAUACAGUAUGUUAUUACAGCUGAGGUGGCCUGCCGUGAUACUAUAUACAGUAUGUUAUUACAGCUGAGGUGGCCUGCCGUGAUACUAUAUACAGUAUGUUAUUACAGCUGAGGUGGUCUGCCGUGAUACUAUAUACAGUAUGUUAUUACAGCUGAGGUGGCCUGCUGUGAUACUAUAUACAGUAUGUUAUUACAGCUGAGGUGGCCUGCCGUGAUACUAUAUACAGUAUGUUAUUACAGCUGAGGUGGCCUGCUGUGAUACUAUAUACAGUAUGUUAUUACAGCUGAGGUGGUCUGCCGUGAUACUAUAUACAGUAUGUUAUUACAGCUGAGGUGGCCUGCUGUGAUACUAUAUACAGUAUGUUAUUACAGCUGAGGUGGCCUGCUGUGAUACUAUAUACAGUAUGUUAUUACAGCUGAGGUGGCCUGCUGUGAUACUAUAUACAGUAUGUUAUUACAGCUGAGGUGGCCUGCUGUGAUACUAUAUACAGUAUGUUAUUACAGCUGAGGUGGUCUGCCGUGAUACUAUAUACAGUAUGUUAUUACAGCUGAGGUGGCCUGCCGUGAUACUAUAUACAGUAUGUUAUUACAGCUGAGGUGGCCUGCCGUGAUACUAUAUACAGUAUGUUAUUACAGCUGAGGUGGCCUGCUGUGAUACUAUAUACAGUAUGUUAUUACAGCUGAGGUGGCCUGCUGUGAUACUAUAUACAGUAUGUUAUUACAGCUGAGGUGGCCUGCCGUGAUACUAUAUACAGUAUGUUAUUACAGCUGAGGUGGCCUGCUGUGAUACUAUAUACAGUAUGUUAUUACAGCUGAGGUGGCCUGCCGUGAUACUAUAUACAGUAUGUUAUUACAGCUGAGGUGGCCUGCCGUGAUACUAUAUACAGUAUGUUAUUACAGCUGAGGUGGCCUGCUGUGAUAUGUGUGCUAGUGUUGAUUUGUUGUGUUUGGUGUUUGGCGCGUGCCUACUGUCUUGCCCUCUUCGACUGAUCCUGAUUCGCCCCAGGCUGUUGAACCUGGUAUAUUGCUCUAUAACACACCUCGGAUGGUAUCCAGGCUGUACGAUCAUCUCAUUAUGGGCUGUGUUCAUUAUUAAACCCCACUAAAUCUG